AACAGAAUGAAGAAAGUCAGGGGGACUGUAAAGGCCAAUAUUGGUGCUGAUAAGAAGUUCUCCAAGGCACUGAGGGCCAGGCAGGAAGCAUCGGUUUCCUCAAAGCUGCUUCCCUCCUGGGGCAGAGUCUCCGUCACAAACAACCACCACUACAUCACCCCACCCCUCCUUCCUUCUCUGCUGUAAGCUCAGAGCAGCAGGACAAAGUACUUGGGACACAGACAGAGGCCUGGGAGCAGCCAUGGACUGUGGAGGAGUGAGCUUCCCAGGGGAUGGGUGGCCCCUGCCUUUCCUGCUCCUGCUCAUCAUGGGAGGCAUGGCUCAGGACUUCCCACCUCAGAUCCUAGUCCAUCCCCAGGACCAGCUGCUCCAGGGCUCUGGCCCCGCCAGGAUGAACUGCCGAGCCUCAGGCCAUCCGCCUCCCACCAUCCGCUGGCUGCUGAAUGGACAGCCUCUGAGCAUGGUGCCCCCAGACCUACACCACCUCUUACCAGAUGGAACCCUCCUGCUGCUGCGGCCCCCUGCCCAGGGACAUGAUCAUGAUGACCAGGUCCUAUCCACAGACCUAGGUGUCUACUCAUGUGAGGCCAGCAACCAGCUGGGCACAGCAGUCAGCCGUGGCGCUCGGCUGUCUGUGGCUGUUCUCCGGGAGGAUUUCCAGAUCCAGCCUCAGGACACAGUGGCUGUGGUGGGUGAGCAGGUGAUUCUGGAAUGUAGGCCGCCCUGGGGCCACCCAGAGCCCACAGUCUCAUGGUGGAAAGAUGGGAAACCCCUGACCCUCCAGCCAGGGCGGCAAAUGGUGUCCAGGGGGUCACUGCUGAUGGCAAGAGCAGAGAAGAGUGAUGCAGGGACCUAUAUGUGUGUGGCCACCAACAAUGCAGGACAACGGGAGAGUCGAGCAGCCAGGGUGUCUGUCCAGGAGCCUAAAGACUACACAGAGCCUCUGGAGCUUCUGGCUGUGCGCAUCCAGCUGGAAAACGUGACACUGCUGAACCCGGAUCCUGCAAAGGGCCCCAAGCCUGGGCCUGCUGUGUGGCUCAGCUGGAAGGUGAGUGGCCCUGCUGCCCCUGCUCAGGCCUACACAGCUCUGUUUAGGACCCAGACUGCCUCAGGAGGCCAGGGAGCACCAUGGGCAGAGGAGCUGCUGGUUGGCUGGCAGAGUGCAGAGCUUGGUGGCCUCCACUGGGGCCAAGACUAUGAGUUCAAAGUGAGACCAUCCUCUGGCCGGGCUCGCGGCCCCGACAGCAAUGUGCUGCUCCUGAGGCUGCCAGAACAAGUACCCAGUGCUCCACCCCAGGAGGUGACCCUGAAACCUGGCAAUGGCAGUGUCCUUGUGAGCUGGGUCCCACCACCUGCUGAAAACCAUAAUGGCAUCAUCCGUGGCUACCAGAUCUGGAGCCUGGGCAACACCUCACUGCCCCCAACCAACUGGACUGUAGUGGGCGAGCAGACCCAGCUGGAGAUCGCCACCCGAAUGCCAGGGUCCUACUGUGUGCAAGUGGCUGCAGUCACUGGUGCUGGGGCUGGGGAACCCAGUAGCCCUGUUUGCCUCCUUUUAGAGCAGACCAUGGAGCGCACCGCCCGGGAACCCAGUGAUCCUGGUUCCUGGACCCUAGAGCAGCUGAGGGCCACCUUUAGGCGGCCAGAGGUCAUUGCCAGCAGUGGUGUCAUGCUCUGGCUGCUGCUGCUGGGCACCGCUGUGUGUAUCCACCGCCGGCGUCAAGCUGGGGUGCACCUGGGCCCAGGUCUGUACAGAUACACCAGUGAAGAUGCCAUCCUAAAACACAGGACAGAUCACAGUGACUCCCCCUGGCUGGCAGACACUUGGCGUUCUACCUCUGGCUCUCGGGACCUGAGCAGCAGCAGCAGCCUCAGCAGUCGACUAGGAGUGGACCCCCGAGACCCAAGAGAUUGUCGUCGCUCCUUGAUCUCCUGGGACCCCCGAAGCCCUGGUGUACCCCUGCUUCCUGACACCAGCACUUUUUAUGGCUCCCUCAUCGCUGAGCUGCCCACCAGCCCCCCAGCCCGGCCAAGCCCUAAGGCCCCAGCUGUCAGGCAUCUCCCACCCCAGCUGGCCCGGCUCUCCAGCCCCUGGCCUAGCUCAGACAGCCUCUGCAGUCGCAAGGGACUCUCUUCUCCACUCUUGUCUCUAGCCCCCGCAGAGGCUUUGAAGGCCAAAAGGAAACAGGAGCUGCAGCAUGCCAACAGCUCCCCACUGUUCCGGGCCAGCCACCCCAUAGAGCUCCAGGCCCGGGAAUUGGGAAAUAGAGGUUCCAAGAACCUUUCCCAAAGCCCAGGAGCUGUGCCCCAGGCUCUGGUUGCCUGGCGGGCCCUGGGACCACAGCUCCUCAGCUCCUCAAAUGAGAGGAUGACUCGCCCUCUCCCUCCAGCACCCAUCUUUCCUCAUGGAACUCCCACUCAGAGUCAACAGACCCAGCACCUGGUGGCGCCCCAAGUUUCCUCCUCUGUCUCACUGCCAGAAACCUCCAUCCCCAUCCUUAGCCGCUGCAGUUCCCCCAGCCCCCAGGCCUCUUCCCUCUCCGGCCCCAGCCCAGCUUCCAGUCGCCUGUCCAGCUCUUCACUGUCGUCCCUGGAGGAGGAUCAGGACAGUGUGCUGACCCCCGAGGAGGUGGCCUUGUGCCUGGAACUUAGUGAGGGUGAGGAGACACCCAGGAACAGUGUCUCUCCUAUGCCAAGGGCUCCUUCACCCCCUGCCACCUAUGGGUACAUCGGCGUCCCAACAGCCUCAGAGCUAGCAGACAUGGGCAGGACUGGAGGAGGGGUGGGGCCCGAGGGGUGUAGCUUGUUGUGCCCACCUCGACCCUGCCUCACCCCCACCCCCAGUGAGGGCUCCCUGGCCAAUGGUUGGGGCUCAGCCUCUGAGGACAAUGGCCCCAGUGCCAGAGCCAGCCUUGUCAGCUCUUCUGAUGGCUCCUUUCUUGCUGAUGCCCACUUCGCCCGAGCCCUGGCAGUGGCUGUGGAUAGCUUUGGUUUUGGUCUGGAGCCCAGGGAGUCAGACUGCGUCUUCACAGAUGCCUCAUCACCACCCUCCCCACGGGAUGACCUCUUUCUGACCCCCACCCUCUCCCUGCCCAUGUGGGAGUGGAGGCCAGAUUGGUUGGAAGAUGUGGAGAUUAACCACACUCAGCGACUGAGAAGGGGGCUGCCUCCCUGGUCCCCUGAUUCUCGGAUCUCUUCCCAGAGAAGUCAGCUCAGCUGUCCUGUGCCCAAGGCUGGUGCUCCUCCUGUAGAUUCCUCCUGAAUUAUGUCCCUGAGACUGCCAAGAAGAGAAUCAGAACCACCUCUCCUGUCUGACCACAAGGACUGGGCUGUGGCUUGUGGGUCUUGGCCUAUGUUUCUUUGCAGUUGAAAUACAACUUCCCGAACUUUUAGGAGAAUUCUCCCUCCAGGAUUGUGAAAACAAAACAAGAUAAGAGCCAAGAAGACUUGGAGCCCUCAGCGGGGAGAACGUCAUCUCUACCCAGCAUUGCUUUCACGUCUGUUCUACCCACUCCUACAACCAAAUAAUUUUGGCCUAAGGAGCAGCAUUGUCUCCUGCCCCCCCUACCCACUUGGAUUAUGAGAAGUGGGGGAGCCUGGGGUGUCUUUGUGAAAGACGAUAGCAACUGGUGGGACAGGACUUUGGAGGAAGAUUCUUGGAGCCUCCUCUCAGCCCUACCUUGGUCAUUUCUCUAGAGAAAAGUUCAACUCUCACCCCAACCACACCAUAUAAAGUAAAUAAACUCUCACUGAGACAGUGAGGCCCCACUUCAUGCCAAGAAGACAAAGGGUUCAAGGCGGGGUCUAGGGAGAAAACUAAAGAAGGGAGGUGUGAGAAUGCAGGACAAAAGCACCCUCCUCAUACUACUGUCACUUCGAGCUUAAGAAAUUUGAUACCAUAAAACUGUUAAGACUUGAA